AUGCAUCGCGGAAGUGUCGUCUCUAGUUCCUCGGACACAUCCGGUGCCCUGGACUUCGAGACGGCUAUUAAGAAUUUAUCACAGAAACAAUAUCUAGCUCACGCCAUCGACGAGGCGGAGCAUGUUUCCAGAGGUCUCCAGUCGUUUAAUUCAGACCAAUCAAUCGCUCUAUGGGAGGCCGGCUCCUACCUCAUACACCAUGUGGAUUCACCAGACGCUCGACGGAGUGGCUCGCUAUUACUCGAGACUGUUGCGGCACGUCAAGACCUGACCCCAGCAGCACGACGUACCAUCUUCGAAUCGAUUUCAUCCUCCUCUGAGCCGGACGUCAUACCAGCUCGUGUGCAAUCAUUAAUAUCUCUUUCGGACCAUGGCAGGAAACUGGACUUUACCUCCGUUUCCGUCCUUUCCAUCCUCUCGUCUUGCGCUGUUCCACUUUACGAGCUCAUUUCAUCGGCUAGGUUGAAAGCCCGCAAGGCCAAAGUGGGCAAGGUCAAUGGACUCGGAUAUGAAGAAUCGGCGCUGGACAACAUGUUGCAAUUCGCUGUAGAUCUGAUCACGCUGCAGCGGAAGCGUCCAAGCAAUGAAGAGAUUGAGUCGUUGCUUGAGCAGAUCUUCAUCAUUUGCAAAAAGACGAGUGUUGCCGCCGACAUCAAAAAUUCGCUGGCAGUGUUUGAUGCUAUUAUACUCUAUGCAGACGUCCCAGACGGAAGCUUCAUUCCAAUGCUGGAAGUUUUGUGCAGCAUUCACGCUUCAGUGAAAUCCUUGUCUGGUCCUACUUCAAGAGCCGUCAGGAAUUUAGCGCGGUCAAGACGACAGACUGAGAUGAUGAACACGCUGGACUCGUUUCUUCUAGAAUCCUCAGAAGCGCAUAGCCGCAACAUCAAUGUUUUGCGCGGAGCUGUGUACGUCUUGACGGAUCUGAUUAGUGCCUAUGGUCAAGAUGGCAUGCCUGAACUUCGCUUCGAGCAUUUAAUGCAUUGCCUCGAGGUUGUCAUACAAAAAGAUGACAAUCGAUUGGACGCGGACGUACUGGAGCUUUGUCUUAACAUCUUGGAUGGGGAAUUCGUCCACGUGGCGUUACGGGGUAGCUGGUCGAGCUUCGUUAGGGUUUUGUGUCUGUGUUCUUCCAAAGCCGUUGGCGAACGUGAAGAGCGCGCCCCUUCAAUCUCCAGCGCCCAGUCCCCCAUUUCCAAAGGCAGCAUACCCGAAGAGACAAAGUCUAAUAUCCUAUCUAGCGUUGUACAAAUCGCAGCCUCUAUCGAAUCUCUCUGGGAGCGCUUGAACGGGGAACAAAAACUUGACGCCACACGUUUUUUGAUGAAUGCUUGUGAGCACAUGGAGCCUUCUCAGGCCGAGCUCAUCCUCAACAUCACAAGAACCGAGAAACUAUGUUUCCCUUCUAAUUCUGACUGGGUCAAUCAUUGUCACAAGCUCAUCUGGUGCUUCAUUCGAACGCGAGAUAAGCCAUCUGACGUCCGCAUCCUGGCCUUGGGUCUUCUUAAAGAGGCUUUCUCCACCUACGAGACCCUGAUUCCUUUUGAGGAACAUGGAUUGCUCCAACUCAUACUUGACUGUUUUACUGACGAGGAAGACAUACUGUUCCUAGAAUCUUUGGUAUCUUUUGUCGUCGAUGCAUCGACCAUGAUCCCUAACGAUUCAACAUUCAAAUUCUUGGUCGACACGUUGGGCUCACUGAUGAAAAAGGAUUCCAGCAAUACUGAGUCCUUGAGCAUUGCAGCCUCUACUGCAUCAUCUCCUCAACGUCGCCCAUCCGCCGACGUCGUACCAAUUAUGCAGACUAGUGCCAACCAACAGGCGCUGGAUUUAUCUCUCUCCAGCGUGUGCACCGCGGGGCUCGUCAAAAUGUUCCUCAGGUCUCUAACCAUGUCGGCUACCAAGGUAGCUGCAAUCUUCGAGACACUUUUGAAUAUUGCGCAAUCACUCGAAAGACCUGCGGACUCUCGUUUGACUGUGUUGAAGUUGCUGUUCAGACUCCGAUGCGACUCGUCGGGCUCGAUUAUUGUCGUAUCCAUGUCCGAGAACGAUUUUCUGGCAGAUACUUCUGGGCGAGCCGUUGAUAGUAGUUCUCGGUCGCAGACAUCUUCUGAGAUGGUGUUUGGAGAUCAUGGCACAAUAGAUGAGAAUCUGCGGCCGGCCCCUCAGGGAAGACAGUCAGUGGGUAGAGAAUCUCUUGCGAACGUAUUAUCCAGGUCCGCUAGUCGAAGCAUGGCAGCUCAUGGCCGACCGUCGAUAUUAACACCACCCGUUUGGACAUUCGCAUCUUCCCAAGUUCUUCCUGAAAAUCCACCGGAUGGAUCGAGUCCUUUUGUGUAUGCUUACACCACCCCGGAUAUCUCAUCUGAUUCGGAAGGUGAUGCAACUUCGAAAGUUGCGUUAAAGGCCAACAUGUGGUUGGAAACCAUUAUAACGCUGCUACUCCGAGAGACAAACUGGGAGAUCUAUAGCUAUGUCCUCAUUCAUCUCGCGCCUCAGCUGAGCAACCGGGACUUUUUCCGCAGUGCUGUCCCGCAGAUAAAAUUGCUGCGCAGCGUUCUGUGUGAUCAAGUUAAAAACGAGUCGUUCCGUGAGCCUCCCGCAUCCACGGGCGUCAAGAAAACCGACGUGGCUGGUUACGUGUUCGAUUGUCUCUCUGUACUAGUCAGCUACCAUGAGUUCUUCGCGAAAAGCGAGCAGGAUGAACUUGUGCGGGCAUUCAUGAUGGGAAUUAUAGGAUCUUGGGGAGACACCUCUCGCAGAUGCGUACAUGCCCUUUCCGUCUGCUGUCACGAGAUUCCGCUCUCCGUGACAAAAUCGCUGAACGGAAUAUUCGACAAAAUGGCGAAGGUGAUCACCAUGUCCAAUUUGGCUGUCCAUAUUCUCGAGUUCUUGUCUCUACUUGCACGGCUGCCAGAUGUUUACGUCAAUCUCCGAGAGGAAGAGAUCCGUACCGUUUUUGGCAUCUGUAUCCGGUUUCUUCAAACCUCCCGUGAGCAUCGCCUGAGGGCGGGCGAAUCUUCUCAUCUGCGCAAUCAAGCCUCGGCAAGACUUGGUAGUGGCGUGAGGGAGAUUGCGGUGACACCAGCCGAGCUCCCUGACCCAUCACAGCAAGAUGGGAUGUCGACAUAUAUAUACACGCUCACCCACCAUGUCAUGGUCUUCUGGUUCUUGUCGUUGAAGCUUCAGGAUCGGGCGAAACAUGUCAACUGGAUCACUAGUCGACUUAUAUUCAAGGAUGAGCAAGGGCACGAGAGAGUCGAAGAACAGAGCCAGGUGUUCAUUGACCUGAUGCAAAGAUCUGCAUUCUCCGACCUCGGAGAGACCAUCCCAUAUGAAACGUUCCCGCCUUCACCUAGCGAUGGACCUGUGAUUAAAAGGUCGUGGGUGGUGGGGAUGAGCAUAGUUACUGUGGAGACAGCUGGCGUAUCUGGGUUGACUCAGAUCGCGAAGCGGCAAGCUUCUGGCACCACCUAUGCAAUGUAUCAACAGCGGACGGCUCCAGUGUUGCCUCAUCAGGUUCCUUCCGCGCCGGAUGCUCAUCUGCAUCCUGACGCCAUGCGUACUGCCGUGCUUCCAAGCCAUGUGCUACUGCAGCUGACCACCACGGCCUUCCCUACGCCUACGGCCAUGCAGCCUAUUCCGCUCCCCGACGACGACAUGACUCGCAGAGCCCUCAGCACUUUUGAUCGAAACGACAUUGUCGACGGCCACAAAAUAGGCGUCGUCUACAUUGACAACGGCCAAACAACGGAAUCAGAGAUCCUCUCUAAUACCCAUGGCAGCUCGGAUUACGAGUCCUUCCUGUCUGGACUGGGGACCAAGGUUCCCCUCCGAGGUGCACAGUUCAAUACUCAAGGGUUGCAUCCGGAUGUUGAUGGUGAGUUUGCCUACGCAUGGCGUGACAGAGUCACUGAGAUCGUUUAUCACGUGGCGACUAUGAUGCCUACCGAUUUUGAUCGAGAUCCUGCCUGCAUCAACAAAAAGCGCCACAUUGGCAAUGACUUUGUCAAUAUCAUCUUCAAUCGGUCUAAUAUGCCUUUCAACUUCAACACAAUCGCCUCCCAGUUCAACUUCAUCAAUAUCAUCAUCAGCCCCGUGUGCCGUAUUGCAGGUGACGCUGGUGCCGCGACCCCAGUAUCGCACGAUCUCGAGAAGAACUUCUACACCGUAAAAGUCAUGAGCAAGCCCGGACUCCCCGAGAUCUCGCCCGCUUCAGCACCCAAGGUCAUUUCAGGGAAAAGCCUCGCAGCCUUUGUCCGCAUUCUUGCGCUGAAUGCAUCCGUGUUCUCCCUAGUUUGGAACAGCCAAGGAGGCGAGCACAUUUCCUCGUGGCGCAACCGCUUACGGGAGAUCAAGAGACUUCGAGAACGUGCAUUGGGCUCCCAAUCUCAAGCGUCAGAGACCGCAGAAGGAGCAUACCCCGGGCAGCGACGCAACACCAAGGCCAACAUCUUCUCCGAAGAGGUGCCCACGCGCGUUGCUCCUGUCCGGAAUGACUUUGCCACCGAUUGGAAUGCCGCGGCGGAUGCCAGCAUCUUGCAGAAUUUGGAUUUCUCUCGAUGGGGUCGAUGA